CACUAUCAUCAUCAUUCCAUUUCUUCUACUUUUUAUAUUCAUUGGUCUCCCCUCAAUUCCUCCUCCUCCUCCUCCUCCUCCUCCUCUCCAGCUCCACCUCCUCUCCUCCGCUCCUCCUCCUCAGUUGCAGAUAUGGAUGGUGGUUCAGGUCCAAGUUUGUUUCCGUUGCACCGCUGCAAAACGAUUCACGUGGUGAGGCAUGCACAAGGGAUACACAAUGUAGAGGGAGAUAAGAACUACAAAGCUUACUUGUCUCCCGAAUAUUAUGAUGCUCAGCUUACUCAACUCGGUUGGCAGCAGGUCGACAAUUUGCGUAAGCACGUCCAAACAUGUGGACUCUCUAAGAGGAUUGACCUGGUUGUUACAUCUCCGUUGAUGAGGACACUGCAAACAGCUGUUGGAGUGUUUGGAGGUGAGGGCUACACAGACAGGAUGGAUGCACUGCCACUUAUGGUGGCAAAUGCUGGAAACAGCAGCCGAGCAGCAAUCUCAAGUUUCAAUUCUCCACCUUUCGUUGCAGUCGAAUCCUGUCGAGAGCAUUUUGGUGUGCAUCCUUGUGAUAAGAGGCGAAACGUCAGCGAAUAUCAAUUUCUUUUCCCUGCAAUUGAUUUUUCACUGGUAGAAACCGAUGAAGACAUAUUGUGGAAAGCUAAUGUGAGAGAGACCACCGAAGAACUUUCUGCAAGGGGAUUGGAGUUCAUGAACUGGUUGUGGACAAGGAAAGAGAGAGAGAUAGCAAUAGUUACCCAUAGUGGAUUCUUGUUUCACACCUUUAGUGCAUUUGGAAAUGAUUGUCAUCCAUUGGUGAAAAAAGAAAUAUGCACUCGCUUUAAAAAUUGUGAACUUCGAUCAAUGGUCAUUGUCGACAGAAGUAUGGCUGGAUCAGAUCUCUCAACAACUAACUAUCCCGGGAAGAUACCUCAUGGCGUGGAUCUCCCGAGCGAUGCUGUGGAGGAGGACGGCCCCAAAACAAACUUGCUCGAAUAGACAACGGAGGCAUUAACUCCAUAUUGGCAUUCUUGAAAAUUAUAGCUAUUGCAAUAUUUGCUUUUGUUGUGUGGAACGUAUUCUGGAUUGUGCUAAUUACAACAGAAAAAUAUUGUAUUUUCAUUUGACAUUAAAAUUGGAAUGAAUUCUUGCUUGUCACGGCAUUUCAUUUA